AUGACAGUGAAUUAUUCUCUGGAUGCAUCUUCGUCAACAUUUCUCGGAACACAACGUCUGCUGUUUCGAUGGAAAGGUUCACUCUGGAAGACGACCAGCGCUGAGCUUGCUGUUUGGCUUUUUGCGUAUUAUGCGCUAAGUUUAUCGUAUCGUUUCGCGAUGGAUUCAAAUCAAAAAAAAAUAUUCGAGGAUUUGGCCGUCUUUUUCAGUACAUACAGCGAAUUUAUUCCGUUGACAUUUAUGCUAGGUUUCUAUGUAUCAACCGUUUAUAAUCGGUGGCGUGAAAUCUUUGAUCACGUUGGAUGGAUUGAUACACCAGCACUAACGAUAGCAACAUUUGUGAAAGGUGUUGAUGAGCGUUCGAGAAUGAUAAGACGUAACUUGAUCAGAUAUAUGGUAUUGAUUCAAGCAAUGGUCUUUCGCGACGUCAGUACACCGGUCAAAAAGAGGUUUCCUACGAUGCAACAUAUUGUUACAGCCGGCUUAUUAACAGAAACCGAAAAAGGCAUUAUGGAUUCUGUGACAACACAACAUGCUAAAUUUUGGGUACCAAUGCAAUGGACGUUCAGUUUGUUAAGAAUGGCUCGCGAAGAGAAACGCAUCGAAAGCGAUCAUAUCUAUGUGGAUCUUGUCGAAACAGUUAAAACUUAUCGUGCCACAGUGGUCAGUUUAACAUUGUAUGAUUGGGUGAAUGUACCGCUGGUUUACACGCAAGUGGUAACUUUAGCUGUUCGAAGUUAUUUCUUGAUUGCGCUUUUGGGACGACAAUUUAUCAUAUCUGAACGUGACUUGCCGGCAGCUAAAACGAUGGACAUUUACGUGCCAGUCAUGACGAUCUUACAAUUUUUUUGCUAUUUUGGAUGGCUUAAAGUGGCCGAAGCCUUGCUGAAUCCACUCGGUGAAGACGAUGACGACUUUGAAGUUAACUAUAUACUCGAUCGAAAUCUUCAGGUUGGUUUGCUGAUCGUGGAUGAUGCCUACGGUAUGAAGCCUCAAUUGGAGAAGGACAUUUUCUGGGGUGAUUCUACGGCUGAACCAUUUUAUACGACUGAAUCCGCUCAGCGAGUCGUUAACCCCAACAUCAGCUCUUGUGCUGAACUGUUAGUGGAAAUUAUUAUUAUUCUCAUUAUUAGUGCUAUUAUUCACUUGAUCUGCCCGACCUUCAGCUAGUACGUCGCCGUUAUUAUUAUUGUUAUUGCUAUUAUUAUUGUUGUUGCUAAUAAUAUUGUUAUUGGUUUUAUUAUCAGUAUUAUUAUUAUUGUUAUAAAUUAUCAUUUCUAAUUAGAGUUAUAAUUAGUCAUCAUUAUCGUUUUGAUUACUGAUGUUUAUUUUUUUGCUUCUAAGAGCGACUAAAAAUGAUGGAGUUAUGAUACGUCAACGACGUCCGACAAUAGCAUUGGCGAAUGGCGACUUAUUGACUGUCGAUGGCGGUGUUGA